AUGCAACAAAAAUCAACGAAUUUAAUACAUCGAAAGUUUAAAUUCCCAGAAAUCGAGGGUUCUAAUAAAUCAAAUCGCUCAAGAGGUUCACCAACAUCGAGCAGAAAUAACACAAGUUAGGAGAGGGAUCUCUCAAUUGAUGGUGGAAAUUAAAUAUAGGUGUUUAAAAUACGAAAUCUUCAAGUUUCUGAAAGAAGCGAAACUCCAAAACAGGAGAAGGUAUUUGGAAUGAGCAAGAGUACUCGUCUGAAAAGUAGAUAGGAUCAAAAUGAUGAUUAUACUGACCGUAAUUCACAGGAGUUAAUGCUGCCAAAAAUUUAUUCGCCGAUCUUAACUUCUAGCAGAAAUAUUGUUACCAAGAUGAAAGACUCUAUAUUUAAACCCUUGUUAUUUAGAUAGGAGAUUAUUGAUAAUCAAAUAAAUAUCAAAUUAUAAAACAAAAUACAUGAUUAAUUAAAAAAAGGAGUAAAUAUUAAAUGCUUAUAUUUAUCACAACGAACAGAUGUGUAAAUAAAUAAAAUUAUUGUUUUGAAUUUCGAUAGUUUGGUGCUUGGAAAAAGAAAAUCCUUUUGGGAACAGCGAAAUGAAAUAACAAUGUGCUCAUAAAUAGUGGGAUCAAAAUGUGAUAAUUCUUAUUGUGCCUGUGCAUUACAAAAAGAAUUGAAAUCCACUUUGUCUAUAUUAUCGAAAUAAUUUUAUAUUGUCCUACUUUUCGAAUGUAGCAUCAGAGGUCAAAUUUGGCAAUAAUUUUUGAUAGAGAGCAGAUUUUCUAUUGAUGCCAUUUAUAGCAUAUCAUAAAUUAGAUUGUCCGGUGGUGGAAUUAAAAUGAAAUAAAUAAUUUCCAAUUUUGGUAGUUCUGAUAUCAAAUAGUUGUUAUACUUUGGAACCAUAGAUGGUGAAUACUAGUAUCUUAAGAUUCCUAAGGAGUAGUUCUACUAUUAAGUUCCAAUCGUUUAAGCAAAAACCUGUGUUUUAAUCUACUUGUUCUAAUUGCAAAAAUCGAAAUUCCUAGAUUCUAAAUUAUUAUUUGAGAUUUGUAUGUUGAAUUGCAAUAAGUCUGAGAGUUUCAACUAUAAGAGACCAAUUACAGUUGUGAAUUACGAUAUAGAAUCGACAAUAAAAUAAAUGAUACAGAUCGAAGAAGAAGAUCUCAUUUAGAAUCAAAUUUACAAAAACCUAAGGCAAGAAGAUGUUCAAGUAGAGGAAAUGGACGAAGAGUAAGAAGAAGGAAGUGAUUCAAAAAACCUGCUCAUGAUUUGGUUUUAUCAAGCCAAAAAAUUACUAUUAGAUUACUUUAAAAGCAUAAAUAAUGAAGAUUAAAUCUAAAAUCCCAUUAGUAUGAUUGGCGAUGUUUUGAGAAGAAAUACAUCAAUCUAAUUAAAUUUUAUUACAGAAGAUUACGAUAAACAGUCAAAAAGACAUAAAUUGUAUAAUGAAAUAAAAGGUUCAGUAACAAAACAGACAACUUUCAGAAAAUAAAUUCAAAUAGAUUGCUUAAUUAUCCAUGAUUGA